AUGGUGAUCACGUCGCUGAAUGUGCAUCGCCUGCUCAUCACCUGCAUCAUGGUCGCCGCGAAGUUUCUCGAUGACUCGUACUUCAAUAACGCGUACUACGCUAAGGUCGGAGGCGUUACAACAGCCGAGAUGAACCGUCUGGAAAUGGAGCUUCUAUUCCGCAUGGAUUUCCGCUUGAACAUUACAACGGACGUCUUUUACGCGUACUGCAAGCGGCUUGAAGCGGAGAUUUGGAAUUCGCGCCCACCCUUCGAGGCCACGAUGGACGUCAACUCGUUAUCCAUGCUGAAGCCGCCCGGCCACCUGGCACGCGUGCAGCCAUGCCACGUGGAGGUGCAAAAAGGCGUUCGGACACCCCCGCGAGAGGUGGAAUCGUACCGGUAUCCGUCGAUGCGGGCGAGAACGCUCGUGAACGGGUCUCCUUGA